UUCCCUGAUGGAAAAACCACCGCUCAGAACGUUGUUGCCUACUCAGACAGAUUAUUGCAAGCAUCUUGCUGUAUUCUCAAAUUAGAGAAAAAUGACCAACCAGUCUCUUCAUGUUAACAUUGACAAGUGGAUUGCUCAGAAUGAGAGUUCAUUCCUACCUCCUGUAUGCAACAAAUUAAUGUUCUUUUAUCAACUGAAUAUUAUGUAUGUUGGUGGUCCAAACGUAAGGAAGGAUUAUCACAUUGAGGAAGGGGAAGAGCUCUUUUACCAGGUGAGGGGCGACAUGGUUUUGAAAGUGGUAGAGAACGGCAAGCAUAAAGACAUACACAUUCGAGAAGGAGAGAUGUUCCUUCUUCCAGCGCGGAUUCCCCACUCUCCUCAGAGAUACGCAAACACAGUAGGGCUGGUGGUGGAGAGGAGGAGGCUUCGCUCAGAGACAGAUGGCCUCAGGUACUUUGUGGAUAAUAGUACAGAUGUCUUGUUUGAACGUUGGUUCUACUGUGAGAACCUGGGAACCCAACUUGUUCCCAUCAUCAAAGAGUUUAUGGAUUCCAAACAAAAUAAAACAGGAAAGCCUGAUCCAGCUGAACCCAUCAAGCCAACCCCAUACUCACUCAACACUAUGAAGGUGAUGGCACCGUUCUGCUUCAGAGAGUGGGUGGAAAAGCAGAAGCCUGCCCUGGCCAGUGGUCAGCCGGUGGAUAUGUUUGGAACACAGUUUGAGACUGAGACGUUUCUCUUUGGUUCGGGUACAUCUGAAACCUCUAGAAGAAAAACUGAUGGCUGGAUCUGGCAACUGGAGGGGUCCUCCAGCGUCUUCAUGAAUGGCAAAGAGUUCAACCUGUCUAUAGGGGAUUGCCUUCUUAUUUUUGGAGAGACAGCGUAUCAGUGGAAACGAUCACUUGAUUGUGUCGCUUUGUAUGUUGCCCAAGACCCAGACAGGAAGAUACCCUAUUGACACACAUAUACCCACAAGAACACUGGUUUAGGACCAAAUGUAUAAAUGGUUUUUAAUAACGACAUUCAUUCUAAUGCAGUUUUUAUUGUAAUGCUUAUGUACCCACCACAGUAUCAUGUCCACAAUAAUCAUAAUAUCCACAUUCCACACAUUAGUAGUCAAAACAUAUGGUCCAUGUAUUAGGCCUUAAAUAAUAAAGAUAAACUAAGCUCUUAAA